AUGAGAUACUCUACACUCAUCUCUGCUGUUACAGCACUCUCGCUCUUUAGUCUCACCGCCGCCCAAGAGGAUUGCGAUAUUUACACCAGUGUGGAUGAAUAUACCAAUGACCUCCCCGAAUGCACGAUUGGAUGCUGGGAGUGGCUCGUAAAUUACUACGAGACCGAGAGUACUUGCGGUGACACGGUGGACUUAAAGUGUCUAUGCGCUACCCCAGAGCCUGAUGUCACUAAUUCCACCGUAAUUGGACUGUACGAGGGCUCGUACAAAUGCAUGAAGGAUGGCUGCCCGGAAACGGAUAUCACCCAGUUCGCCGUUGCUGUUUCGAGAUUUGCAAACACCUGCGCACAAAUGAAGGCUAACGGUACCGUAGAGGCGACCCCUUCUGCUUCUUCUUCGGAUGCUACAGCUGAACAGGCUAUUGAUGCCACCGAUGCUCUUGAUGCCACGGAUGCUCCUGAUGCCACCGGUGCUCCUGAUGAUGCCACCGGUGCUCCUGAUGCCACCGGUGCUCCUGAUGCCACCGGUGCUCCUGAUGCCACUGAUGCACCUGCUGCCACUGAUGCACCCACCGCUACCGACUCUCCCGCUGCUAUCGAUUCACCUGUCUUUACUGAUAGUGCCUCUGGCUUCGUUACCUCUCCUGUGCCCACGGGCACGGUCGCCGCCGACGCCAAUGCCUCCGGAACCCCAACUGAUACCGCGGUCGUGGCCCAGCAAACAGUGAAUGCUGCUGGCAAGAGCGGAAUCUCCAACUGGGAGAUGACCGUUGGGUUACCUCUUGUGGCCGGAUUGAUGGUUAUGCAGUUCUUGUAG